AUGUGUAUAGAUUGCAGAGCAUUGAACAAACAAACGAUAAAAAAUCAGGUUCCAUUACCAAGAAUUGAUGCAGUAUGGGAUCAAGUCGGUGGAGCUAAAUACUUCUCGACGCUGGAUCUUAGUUCUGGAUAUCAUCAAAUAAGGCUGAAAGACUCAGACAUAGAAAGAACUGCUUUUAGGACGAGGCUCUUUUUAGACAAAUUUGUUCUUGUAUAUCUCGACAAUAUACUUGUUUACAGCAAAACGAAAGAAGGGCACGUGAAACGCCUCAAAACAGUAUUAGACGAGCUAAAGCAGCGAUUAUCAGACGCACCAGUGCUAAGAUGCGCAGAUCCAAAUCUGCCAUAUCAACUAACUGCAGAGGCAUCUCGAACAGGUGCCGGAGCGGUACUGACCCAAACCGACGAAUCCGGAUCAAGAUGGGUUGAAUUCAUGCAAGAAUUCGACUACUCUAUUGAUUACAUCAAGGGAAAAUCAAACGUCGUAGCUGAUGCACUAUCACGACAAUAUAGAGAAGUACAUCAUACAUCAUCAAAUAUAGUAAAACAGUUAAUGGCAUUCACAAUGGUGAAUGUAAGCCAAGAAACAUUACGGAAUCUACAAGAAGACUAUGAGAACGACGAAUCGUUCAAAGAAAAAUUCCAGCAUCCAGUAGAGUCUAUACAAAAACGGGACAACAGUUGUAUUUCGAAAAAAGGCUAUGCAUCCCAAAAGGAGAACUCCGAAAGACUACAUUGCAAGAUAACCACGAAUCAAUAUUUUGGAUCGCAUAGAGGAAAGGCAAAGAGCUCAACUCAGAACCAACUUGGAAACCUAAGACCGUUUCUACCUCCAACUAAGAAAUGGGACAUAAACUAUCAAAAACGAACACACUUUAUACCACUUGGAUCAGACAACAGCGCCAAAACCAUAGCAACAACGUUCUACAAAGAAAUCUACAAACAACAUGGACUACUGCCAAAAAUAAUAUCAGAUCGAGAUACAAGAUUCACAGGGUCCUUUUGGACUGAACUUAUGAAAAUGCUUCAAGUUAAACUUAACUUCUCAACAGGAUUUCACCCACAGACUGAUGGACAGUCUGAAAGAGCAUUUCGCACACUUCAGGAAAUGCUACGCUGUUAUGUAACCUACACUCAGAAAGACUGGGAAAAUUAUUUACCAGGAGUAGAAUUUGCAUACAACAAUCAUGUCAACGAUACUAUUCGGCAAACACCAUUCUUUUUAGAGUACGGUCAACACCCUUUCGCAAUAUCUGAUAUGAUUCAUUCAGAUAUAAACGAAAACAUGCACUCAAGAAACACCUCUGCAGAUCUUAUGCUAACAACCAAGAAUCUACCAAUCAAUCCAGGGAGAACCAAGAAGUUCGCUCCGAAAUACAUCGGACCAUUCACAGUAUUGGAAGUCCUAGCAAGUGGAACUGCAUACCGAUUAGAACUACCAUUUCAAUACCGAAAUAUUCAUCCAAAAUUUCAAAUAUCGCUUUUGAAACCAUACCAAGAAGACCCGAACAGACAACAAGAACCCACCAAGUUCAAGAUCCAUACAACCGCAGACAAGAAACUCAUUGAAAGAAUCAUCACUCACCGCAUAUACGACGGACAAGUACAGUUCCUUGUGCACUUCAGGAACACCAAUCCAUUUGACGAUACAUGGAUAGACAAGGAUGACCCUGCAAUCACACAACAACUCAUGCAAACGUACAAUGAUCACUUAUUCGCGGACGAAUAA